AUGAUGAGCUCGCCUCUACUAUAUUACCAACUUCGACUUAUAAAGAUAACAGAGAAGUAGUUAAUGCUGAAGCAAUAGAUAACGGCAAAGAUAUAGAAGUUAGUAUUAUGAAUAUAGAAGAAGCAGUUAUACAUAGA